AUGGCACCUAAGAAAGCAACAUCCAACUUACUACAUCCUUCUGCAAUUGUCGAUGCUGAAUGCCUGACGCGUGUGCCUGUGCGGCCCAGUCGCUCAACUGCGAACAAAAAUCCCACUGCUCCUGUCAUCAAUGCCAAGCAGAAGAGAGGCACGCAAGCCAAGAUACAAGCAGACAAAGCAAGAAAAGAGCUCAAAAAGGUCCAGAAGGCUGAGCGACGCACUGCGUCAGUUCAUCGGAUUGCUGAAAGGGAGGAUUCUAUGCAACGAGAUGACGGAAAACGUCAGUCAUUGCGACCUGAUCUCCAUCUGAUCCACGUACCUCCUGUACAUACCUCCACAGCUUUGAAGGUGAUCCAUGACUCGGCUAUCAGCAGCAUCGAGCGAGGCGAGCCUGAGACACAUGCCUUUGCUGAAGCUAGCCCAGAGCCUUCAAUACCUCCAGUAUCUGCUGUUGACUCGGCGUCGGAAGGCCAGGUUGACGAUGCUGGAGACCAAAAAAAUGACUUUGCUGACUCUGCGGGAGAUAGCGGAGGGGAUCUUGACUACCUCACAUGCAGCGGUGAUGCCUUGGAUGAGGACGAGGAUCGCGCCAAUGACUCCAAUUUUGACAUUGCAGUGAUGGCGGAGGAACUUGGUGACAUUGAUGCUGAUGAUAAGGACAUGGACGAUCUGGGUAUGGAACCUGUGGGCUUGAGCAACUCCACCAAAGGACUGUGGAAGAAAUUCUUGGCUUCUGAGAAAGCUAAGGAGGGAAACAAGAAGAAGAAGACAGCACUUAGAAGUCAAAUUAUCGAGAAAUGGAAGGAAGCGGUGACUGCGCCAAUGCGUAGCGUGACAUCAAUGGCAACGAAAUGCAAGGCACCUGCCAGUGAAAAAUUUGUGUACGAGAGCAAGCGUGUGAAGGCGGUGGCGGAGAUUGGUGGUUUGAAGUCUGGGUGGAAAAGAUAUUUAACUCGUUCUGAGAACUCCUCCAAAACCUCACUGACAAAUGGUGAGGACUCAGAUGCACCGAUCGAAGGUGAAUUCGAGAAGGAUGAGGGUGCUGAAGUCCUGUGCGCUGCGCGUGCCGCUCAUCGGACCAACAAUAUUACCCAACAUGAAGGUUCCAUCACCACGAACCUGGUCAAGAAAAAACAGGUGGGCAUCGUCUUGAAGCCUGCAGCCAUCGCGGAGAUCGAUAAGAAGGAACGUGGAGCUGGGUGUGUGAACAAACAACCUACCCCAUACUGGUGUAACAAAGACCUACCUUUUCCAGCGCGCGGGAAGCACCUUCUUCUUUGGCAGCGAAAAUUCAUCCCGGCGCUCAUUAGCUGGGCCGCUACUCUCCCUGACCCUUUUGGUUCCAACAGCCACUCAGACUUCAAGAGCAUGGUGAAGUCUAUUUGGACGAAGAUCUUCAUUGGCCUGCCGGAACUCGACGACAACGGAAAACCACGAUCCGAGCACCCCGCCAUCUAUGCUGUGGCGCAGGUGGCACUUCGUACAUAUCGCAGGGACAUUGGUAAAACCGCGCUACGGAUCCUCGACAUGAUUUGGAACUCAGCAGAUAUGGAGGGCAACUACACCACCAUCAAGCGUAGGAAGGCCUGGAUCGAAGCGCAGCUGAAAAGCAAGAACUUCUUGUAUCUUGACCUGCAGGUGACAACCCAUCCGGGCGCAUUUCGUGGCCCUCUGAUUAUGGAGACCUUUGCCUACCAUCUUCAACUCACCAUGAAGAGUGAGGUGGAAUAUGGUGAGCCCGCGGGAGCACUUGCAUUGUGUAGCGCUGCUGUGCAACGGGCACUCGCUGUAUGGAAAGACGAGAUGAACUCAAUCAAGGAACCAGAUGACAGCGCUCGUCAUGGUGGUGCAAGGAACUCCAAGGAAAGUUUUAAAGAUGAGCCGUGGGGGAACGAGGCAAAGAUAUACUACAAUCGCACGAAGGGCCUGAAGGAGCCUAAGUGGCAUGCAAUCUGUCAAGAUGCCCAUGCACAUCUGCAGCACAAGAACAAUGACUUCAUGAUCGAUCUGACUGCGGACUCCUCCGAAGGUGCUGACAAUGUUGACGACAACAUCCGCAUGUCGGAGGAUGAUGACUGA